AUGUAUAGAACUAUGAUUCUCUGCUAUUGCGCUUUCUUCAGCCUUUUUCUGGCACGCUCGGCAGCACAGGACUACACGGAUGUUCAAAAUGAAGCCGGAGCAUCGGGUCCAUCGUCAGAUUCAGUGAGCAUCUCAUCAAAAGGAAUGAUCGUUCUCUGUACAAUUGUUGGCGUGGUUGUGGUCAUCGGAUUAUCCUCAACUGCUCUUUUCUUCGUUGCCAAAAAGCGCCAGUGGGCGAUGCGAGAGACUAUUCGUCGUUCUGCGCGACAAGUCGUCCAAGCAAUCAAGACGCCCUUGACUCCCAGAUUCCCGAAGGUCCCUGAGCAGCUCAGAAGAACCCAGACGAAAGGAGACCAGAAGGAGACAAGGAAUCAGAGACUCAAUGACCUGGAGAAAGGAUUCAAGACUUCGAACUCCAGCAACUGCUCCGUCCAGAUCACUGCCGGCGAACGAGCUCAAGGCAAUGAGAAGAAGACCAGAGGUUGGGGAUCACGCUUCGCAUUUGAUCGCUCGUAG